AUGCGAUUGUUUCUUGUGUACACUUCAUCAAUGCUAUACUUAAUUGUAUUAUGUCUGCCAUGUUGCCACCCUCUACGCUUAUUUGACCCAAGUUUCGGAGAACAAAUGCAUCAUCACUUCCUCACACCAAAGGAAUUCAAGGACGGAAGCAAAAAUGGCACAAAUACAUAUUUUCUUAAGCUAUGCGAAGCUCGCGAUCUACCCGAAGAUUUCCCAUUGUUUCUCUGUCCUUUGAUGUUUCUUUUGAGUGCAUACAACGAUAAAGGAUACGAAAAGCUUUACAAUGACACGGCAUCAGCUAUAACUGCAAUAAAAGAUCCUAAGAAUCAUCCAUGCGCAAAAGAAGACAAGUCUUGCGUCAUUGUAUUUCUUCCUUUCGAUCGUAUUCUUUUCGGCUGCUCUAAAAUUGAUAAGAUUCCGAAGAAUUGGAGGCUGGGCGACUUUCGAUAUAUUUAUGUUGUUCAACAUAAUUUCUCAGAAGCAGAACCUUGCAUUUACGACGAGCAUGGGAAGGAAGUCUGCACACUAGAUACAACAUUUGUAAACACUACCAUAUUGAUAGAAGAACACAAAUGUUGUUGUAGAUCUGGUUACUGUGCUGUGAUGCUUUACGAUCAGGGAAAUCUAGUUCUGCCUUUGUUGAAGACCGUAGUUGAUCUUGAAGAAGUGGUUCCACAUCAUGAAAGCAAAAUUGUCUUCAAAAACCUCAAGUUGAAUGUCAAAGGCAAGAAGGAUGAGAACAAAAUAACUCUGAAAAAGAAGAAAACUGACAAAUUCACGACAAAAGCCUUGGGAUCGCCAAAAAAGCGUAGCAAGAGAAGGCCUUCUCCGUGUUGCGGAGAUCCACCAAGGAAUCUUGAUGUGCUCUUUGUAAUGCCAGUUUUUGUCAUUCUUUUCUGUGUUUUUUGUGCCGCAGGAAUUUCGAACAUGUGUGGUGAUCAAACGAUAGAUGAACUGCAUGCGUCUGGUAUAGACGUCAUUCGGUCCGAGGAAGGAAGAGUCAGAGAAACACCCCGUUCUCAUGCGUAUUGAAACUACUACAUUGUUAUUACUGCGUUUUCUUCUUAGCUUCAUUUAAAUGUGUUGUAUGAUAUUUUGGGUAAUAAAAUUUUUUUGAGAGAAA